AUGGAUGAAGAUGUUUAUGUUGCAGCAGAAAUUAUGAAUAUACCCGAAGACGAUUACUCAGCUGCUGAAGAAAUCCAUCCGAUUCGCUCGUUUUUAGGACACCUGCGACCGCUCCUUAUAAUGGAUGGUGCCCAUCUGAAGGGGCCAUACGUGGGCACCAUGUUCUUAGCGGUCAGCAUGAAUGGAAACAACCAGAUCAUACUCAUUGCAAUGGAAGUGGGGAAGACAAAAAGUGGUCCGUCAUGGAUAUGGUUUUUACAUAAGCUGAGGCAAUGUAUCGGUGAACUUCCUAAUUUAACCUUCGUAACUGAUAGAGCUGCCUCUAUCGAGUUGGCCAUAAGAACUAUAUUCCCCAACGCGCACCACAGACUUUGUUGUCGGCAUUUGAGCCAGAACUUAUGCCUAACCUCGAGUAGAGACAAAAGAAAAAGGUGGAUGUUCUGGGAGACAUGCAAAGCUUAUAGGGUGUCUGACUUUGAAACUACAAUGUAUUUGAUGUGGCACAGUCUACCUAACGCCGCUCAAUAUCUUGAGGAAGUUGGUUACGCUAGAUGGGCAAGAUCGCACUUCCCUGGAUUGUCUUAUAGUGCAAUGACUUACAAUAGUGUCGAGUCCGUCAACUCAGUAACCUGGUUUGCACUUCAAAUGAUAAAUACAACAACACCUUGGGCUAAGGCAAAAAUAGAAAAGAGAAUCCAUAGGAGUGAAAAUUGGAGGAUAUAUCCCAUUAGCGAGUUGUUGUUUGAAGUUGAUGACAGUUAUGUAAUAUAUGUUGCUCGAAGUUUAGAUAUUCAAGACUGCAGUCAAUUUUGUUUAGUUUUGUUCAACUCCGAUUCUUAUCGGACAACAUACAAGGAGGAAGUAAAUCUCCUUCCACCAGAAGCUGAAUAUGUGUUGCCCAAUGAACGUAUGACUGUCCUACCGUCUCCCAUGGACAUACAUAACUUUGACAGACCACGCAACCGAGACCGUAUCUCAUCACGAAAAAGAAACUGA